UGGUCAUGACGAUCACCGAAAACUCGCCAACAGAUUCAAAGACUUUAACCGGAAUACGAUGCUUGUUUUUGAGUCCCAACACAAAAACACUUUUUGAUCUGGUGGUUGUGAAGCUGUGAGUUGUGAUUUGAUUGUAAGGACAAAUCGAAUUGAAUUCGUAGCCUUUUUGAGUGAUCGAGCCUUUUGACUCUUUUGUAUUCACUCAUCGUCACCCAUGUUCUAAGCUCAUGUGAUGUGAUCAUCCAUGGCGCUUUCACGUAUUUAAUCAGCCAUUGCCCUCAUUACUCGACCAAACCAAUAUUCUCCAUUUUAUGUUCAAGUUCAACUCUGGUACUUGCCAUGGAAUAUACGAAAACUUGUUUUUCGGAUUCCAACGAGGUUGUUAGCAGUAGCAUAAGUAUAGCUCACCACCACUCUCCCUCUUCUUCUUCACCUCCUCCUGAUAUCACAUCCCUCAAGCACCUCUCCGAUAACCUCGAACUGAUAGUUGACUCCUCGUACUUUGCCGACGCCAAAAUCGUCGUCAGCAACGGCCGGGAAGUCCCCGUCCACCGCUGCAUCCUCGCCGCGAGGAGCUCGUUUUUCAAGAACGUCUUCUCAGCUAAAGAAGGCAGUAGCUCUAUUAGGUUUGAAUUGAAGAAGUUGGCGAAGGAAUACGACGUUGGAUUGGACUCACUGUUGGCUGUUUUGGGUUACUUGUACAGCGGCAAGCUCAAGUCUUUCACUAAAGGCGUUUGUGUUUGUGUAGACGACUCUUGUGCUCAUGUUGCUUGUCGUCCCGUCGUUGAUUUCAUGGUGGAGGUUCUCUAUGCUUCUUCAACAUUUCAAAUCUCAGAACUGGUCACUCUUUACCAGAGGCAUUUGCUUGAUAUUCUUGAAAAAAUAGCCAUAGAUGAUGUGUUGGUGGUUCUGAGUGUUGCGAAUAUGUGUGGUAAAACUUGUGAGAGAUUGGUGGAGAGAUGUAUUGAGAUGAUAGUGAAGUCUGAUGUUGAUAUUGUCACUCUUGAGAAAGCAUUGCCUCAAGGAUCCGUGAAGCGAAUCACGGAUUCGAGGUUGGCUCUUGGCCUGGACAGUUCUCGGAGCAGUAAUGCUGCGAGUAACUUUCCGGAUAAGCACACAAAGAGGAUACACAGGGCUUUGGAUUCUGAUGAUGUUGAGUUGGUUCGAAUGCUGUUGAAAGAGGGGCAUACGAAUCUUGACGAUGCACAUGCACUUCACUAUGCUGUGGCAUACUGUGAUGCAAAGACCACAGCAGAGCUGCUUGAUCUUGGAAUUGCGGAUGUGAAUUGCAGGAACCUGAGGGGUUACACUGUGCUGCACCUUGCGGCGACCAGGAAGGAGCCUAAGAUCAUUGUGUCACUACUUACCAAAGGUGCUCGUCCCUCGGAUCUUACAUUGGAUGGGAGGAAAGCUCUUCAGAUCACUAAGCGUCUUACCAGAGCUGCGGAUUUUUUCAACUCGAGUGAGAGGGGAACUUCUUCCAAUGACCACUUGUGUAUAGAGAUAUUGGAGCAAGCAGAAAGGAGGGAUCCAGUGCUUGGAGAAGCUUCUCUUUCGCUUGCAAUGGCUGGCGAUGAUCUGCGUAUGAAACUCUUGUACCUUGAGAACAGAGUUGGACUGGCAAGGUACCUGUUCCCCAUGGAAGCAAAGAUUGUAAUGGAUAUUACUCAACUUGAUGAAACUUCAGCGUUUCCAUUAGCCUGCCUGAUCCCGAAUAAUCUUGCCGGUUCCCAGAGAACAACUGUGGACUUGAACGAGGCACCCUUCAAGAUUAAGGAAGAACACCUUGCCAGACUAAGAGCACUGUGCCGAUCUACGGAAAUUGGGAAACGGUUCUUUCCUCGUUGUUCAGAAGUACUGAACAAGAUCAUGGAUGGUGAUGAAGUGUCACAGCUUACAUACACACGGAAUGACACUCCAGAAAUAAGGCUCUCAAAGAGAAAAAGGUACAUGGAAAUCCAAGAAGUACUAAGUAAGGCUUUUGAUGAAGAUAACACAGGAAAUUGAUCGUUCUGGAAUGUCAUCAUCCUCAUCUUCUACAUCAGCACGAGUAGUAAGGCCUAAGCUCACUAUCGAUCGACAUUCGAAACAAACUUGAAAGAACGAAGGGGGUAGAAACUUAUUGUCAUUCUGUA